AAAGUAGCAGCCAUUGGCUAAUGCAGCUUGAUCUUCUAUGCGACUCCACCAAUCCUCGUUUUCAAACAGCUCGACAUGGCAGAAGCUUAACUCAACUCGCGUUGCGUUGUAUUCAAAAUCCCUCCACAAGUCUCCAAGCCUCCAACGUCGUAUGUGACGAAAAAUUAUAGCAGUGAUCCUUUCCUUGCAGAGUUGCAGUUGCGAUUAAGCAAAUGAGAAUUCUGAAUAUCACAACGCUGAUAACAACGACGGCUAUUUGACGAAUUUCUCGUAACUAUUGAAUACUUAGGCUUCUAUUAUUCGAUUCCAGAAGAGAUGAAUUUGGGGGAUUUGAACAAAGUAUGGGAAAUUAAAGCCCUAGAGAAACCAGGAGAAGAAGAAGCUAAAGAGAUGCUCGAGAAAAUAGCCAAACAGGUUCAACCCAUCAUGCGUAAGCGCAAAUGGCGUGUCAAGCUCCUGUCCGAAUUUUGUCCGAGCAACCCAGCUGUACUGGGUUUGAAUAUAGGAGGUGGAGAGCAUGUGAAACUGAGGCUUAGGAGGCCAAACAGAGACUGGGAUUUCUUCCCAUUCGAUCAGGUUCUGGAUACGAUGCUUCAUGAACUAUGCCAUAAUGUUCAUGGUCCUCACGACGCCAAUUUCUAUAAGCUUUGGGAUGAGUUGAGAAAGGAAUGUGAGGAGCUGCUUUCCAAGGGAAUAACUGGAACGGGGGAGGGGUUUGAUCUGCCAGGGAGGCGUUUGGGGGGGUUUUCCCGCCAGCCUCCUCUAUCAUCUCUACGUAAAACUGCCUUAGAUGCUGCAGAAAAGAGAGCAAAAUUGGGAUCUAUGCUUCCAUCUGGACCUAAAAGGCUUGGUGGUGAUAGCACCAUUAUGGGCGCACUCAGUCCAAUUCAAGCUGCAGCAAUGGCUGCAGAAAGAAGAUUAAAGGAUGACAUUUGGUGUGGUUCUCAGUCUGCUGAGGUUUUUGAGCAAGGAGAAAGUAGCAAUGACGUCAAGGAAAACCUUUCAGAUGUGGGUCAAAUUACAGAAUGCUCGAGGCCAGAUAAUGGGUCCAAACUUAAUCACGACACUGUACAUAAUCUAGAGGAACAUGCUACAUGGGAGUGUGGAACGUGCACAUUGUUGAAUACGUCAUUAGCCCCAAUAUGCAAGCUUUGUAGCACAGAAAAGCCCAAAGAUGCGAGCACCAAGUAUAAAACAUGGUCCUGCAAAUUCUGCACCUUGAAUAAUAGUGUGAAGCUGGACAAAUGCUCAGCAUGCAAUCAAUGGAGAUAUUCAUAUGGCCCACCAGUGUCAACGCGCCCACCCAAUCUUGGGACUUGAACAGUUGCAAGCAAGAAGGGUCGCGAGUUUUAGAUGUCCCAAACAGUUGAUAAUUCCUGAUGAAUUCACUAUACGGAGUUUUUGGCAUUACUGUUGUCUGGUAUAUAUGUUUGAUUACCACAUUGGCUCCAUUUCUUAAAAGGAUAUUGUAUAUGUACCACAUUGCCUCCACCAUUCACCAUGCGGAAAAAGGUUGGUUCUUCCUUUCCAACUUCUUUGUAUGUUGCAUCUCAAUAAAUAAUUUUCCCUGCAUCUUCCCUUCA